AUGGCGUCGGGGCGUCGCGCGGCCAAGAGCGGGCUGCUGGAGCUGCGGGCGGCGGGCGAGCAGUGGCUGCGGGUGCUGGCCACCCUCUCCGAGGACGGCCUGAGCGUGGGCCCCGGCCAGGCCGGCCCCGAGCCGCCGCCCGCCGCCAGCCCCGCGCAGCAGCUGAAUGGCGGCGAGCCCGGCGCCCUCGUCCCGGACGCCCUCGCCAACGUCCAGCGCGCCGUGCGCGUCGUCAAGCAGGACGUGGGGGGGCUCGGCAUCAGCAUCAAAGGUGGUCGAGAAAACAAAAUGCCCAUCCUGAUUUCCAAGAUUUUUAAAGGGCUGGCUGCAGAUCAGACCGAGGCACUGUUCGUAGGAGAUGCCAUCCUUUCUGUCAAUGGUGCUGACCUCUCUGACGCUACCCAUGAUGAGGCAGUUCAGGCCCUCAAGAAGACUGGCAAGGAAGUAGUUUUGGAAGUCAAAUACAUGAAAGAGAUCUCGCCCUAUUUUAAAAAUUCCUCAAGUGGCGCUACUGUAACUUGGGACUCUUCACCUGCCCUUCAGAAGCAAGCCUCGCCUGCUCUCUCCCUAAGAGAUCUCAAGGAAGGGAAGAACCUCCCGCUCAAAAUGUGCUAUGUAUCAAGAAAAUGCCUCCCCAGUGAUCCAGAAAACAGGUACCUGGAAGUAUGCUCAGCAGAUGGGCGGAUUCCCUUGUUUCUUCGGGCGAAGGACGAAGUGUCUGCCCAGACAUGGUUCAAUGCUAUCCAUAGCAACAUCAGCGCCCUGUUGCCCAGAGUCAAAGAAGAGCUGAGAGCCUUGCAGUCGGGAGUUGGCAUGGCUGGAGGUAGAGACAUCAAGCACGUCGGCUGGCUCACGGAGCAGCUCCCUGGGGACGGGACAAAGAACAUCCUUGCCGUCCUCACAGAGAAGGAGCUUCUCUUCUACAACAGCUUCCCACAAAGUAGGGAUGCCUUGAAUAAGCCCAUGCACAGCUUCCCUCUCAUAGCUACCAGGCUGGUGCACUCUGGCCCCUCCAAGGGUUCUCAUCUCUAUGACACUGAGCUCUCAUUUGCAUUACGGACCGGAACAAAAAAAGGUGUGGAGACGCACCUCUUCAGUGUGGAGACACACCGGGACUUAGCCACAUGGACGAGGAUACUAGUGGACGGAUGCCACAAUGCAGCUGAGUGUAUCCAGGAAGUGUCAACAGCAUGCACGUGGAAUGGGAGAGACUGCACAUUGUCCAUCCACAUCGACAAGGGCUUCACCAUCUCCACCCUGGAGCCAGGCCUCACCAAAGUCGUCCUUCUGCACCAGCCUUUUGAGAGGCUGCAGAUGUCCUCGGAUGAUGGGGCCAAGAUGCUCUACUUGGACUUUGGCAGCUCAGAAGGAGAGAUUCAACUAGAUCUUCAUUCCUGCCCCAAAACCAUUGUCUUCAUCAUCCAUUCAUUCCUCUCUGCCAAAGUGACCCGGCUUGGGUUGCUGGCAUAGGGACAAGCGGGAAGACGUAAAGAGAGAGCCAAGACUUCAUGAGAUCUAUGCACUAUGGCUAUUACUUCAAUGGCCAAAGCAAAUUUUUAGAAUGCCACUCAGACUGGAGCAAGGACAGCUGGCGUAACGUGUCAAUAGCCAAAGGACUUCCGGGACAGCCGAUCAAAGUACAUGGAUGGUGAACUA